GUAGCUACGUGUCUGAUGAUCUUGAUGGAGAAGAGCUCAUCACCUACCUCACAAAUACGCUGGAAGGACAAGAUGAUGGCUACUUUGCCCAUGUAGCAUCCCAGGACCCCCAAAGUUCCCCGUUUGAAAUCUCAUCCGCACUCUAUAACACUUUAUCAAGCUUCGUAACAGCUGGACUCAAGUGGUUAAAUAAUCAUUUUCCGCAGAACCUCCUAAUUCUCGAUUCAGGUAUUCUUCACUUAAUCAGAUGGAUAGUCGUACCAUCGUUUUUCAACCACAUCGAACUUGCCUCCCAGGACACUUUUGAGCGAAAUGGCUGGACUGUUAGUUCAUCCAAAGACUCUAAAUUCAUGUACAGAGCAAAUUCUGCCACAGCGCGCCUGUCUUCCAAGGAACUAACCGACCCUAGCAAGCUAUCUAAAGUUACUAAUUGGAUUAAAAUUCAGAGGCAAACUAAUGGGUUGAGAACCAUCAAGUGUGUAGAUCCUUCACAAUUCACUAGAUUCGUGGACUCUGCUACAGGGGGAGAAAUCCCCAAAGAAGCCAUUUACGACCCGGAUAAGCUGCUAAAAUACUGCACCCCUCUAUCCAAGAAACAACGCCGUAGCAUCAACAACUACUGCGGGACCUUCCUAUCAAUGCACUCCACAUCAUUACUAAACCCGCAGGAGUUUAACCUCUGCGGCGAUGGUCCCAGCGACCCCAACUUAGGUUUUUACGAUAUUCGUGUCGUGAACAAAGACCUUGAAAACAAGACACUUGUUUUCCCAGCUUAUGAUCUAUUAAAAUACGUCACUGAGACUGGAAAAUGA